GCGGCAGUGUGAUGCGCACACGCGUUCAAAAAUUCGAAUACGAAAAAUGCUUAAAAAGUUUAUUAAGUUGCAAAAGUGCCUGACGACAGUUUGGUAAUUAACGGCUGGAUGGGAAAUUUUUCGUAUAAAAAUUCUGCAAAAUUUAAAGCUAAUUUAAGCAAAUAAGAAUUGAACUUCUACGUUAUUUUUUUGUUGCUGAUUUGUAAUAAAAAACCGUCGAAAAUUGCAUUUGAAAACAAACGAAAAUCGGCAGUGUUAAGCGUUAAUUAUGUGCGACCGGAUUUUAUUGGGUGGAAAGUGUAGAUGAUUUUUAAAAUUUUUUUAUAUUUAGGUUGUGUAAACAAAUAUUUGCGAGAGAUUAAAUUUUGUAAACAAACAUUUGCUUUGUUUAGCCAGAGAACUCUUUAUUGAUUACAAAUGACUAUAAAAUACCUAUUUGAGUAUUUUCUUUCUUAACAACUCUGAACAAGCGAAAUAUAGGGAGUGUGUGUGUGCGAUUCCUUUCGCAUACUUUUAUGAUGUGCGAUUCGUCUAAUGACUUUUUGCAGCAGCAGCAGCCGCCAGUGAUGAUUGCGAAUAAGACAGAUAGCCCUCAGGGCACCCCCACCAAACUGGCACAUCAAUUUUGGUUCUCAUAUCCGCCACCGGGCGCUGGCGGAGGCUCUUCCAACAGCAAAACAUCGCAAACGGACGAAGAGAAGCAACGCGACCGGCAACGCAGCGAACGUGAAGCGAAGAAAGAGGAACAGGACGCCAUCAAUUACAAGCGCGAUAAAGAGGCACGUGAGGCGCGUUUGCUUGAUUUGGAAAUACGUCGACAACAGAAGCGCGAAGAGCAUAAACAACAACAUCAGCUGCAGCAACAACAGCAGGCACAGGGAGGACCAAGCGAGAAGAGUCCACCUACAACAUCGGGCCAGUCACAACAACAACAACAACAGCAGCAACAGCAGCAACAACAACAACAACACGUGACUGGUGGCAGCAGCAGUAGCGGGACUACAGCGCCCCGUAUACAAACACCGCCAGAUCGUUCCUGUCCGCCAGCGUUUCGAAGUCGUUCCAUCGAGCGUGAGCUACAUUACGAGCGCAAAAGGUAUUCGGCGCCGGAAACAGCCGAAAUCAAGGAGGGUGUAAGCACGACACCAUCACCGCAGGCAAUCACUGGACCGCCGCCAGCCACACAUCAUUCGGUGGUGGCGGGCCCUCCGGCAACAGCAGCAGCUGCUACAGCUGCUAUAAUACCCAUAUUACCGCUUGGAGUUGCCACGCUGCGUGAUGACUCCACGGAAUCAGAGCAAUCCGUGACGUGUACGCAGGCCCAGCCAGAUGCGUAUCAUCGCAUUAUGUGA